AAGACUCAGAAAGACACUAUGGUUUUAGAAGUGACAGGCACGACCCAAGAGGGACACUUAUAGCCGGUGUUGUAUUGCAGUUCUCUGAUCUCCGAAACAAUGGGGAAGAUUGAAUGGGCAAUGUGGGCAAAUGAGCAAGCCCUGGCGGCUGGACUAAUUUACCUCGUUGGUGGCAUUGUGGGGGUGGCUGGACAGUUCAGAGGAUGGGAGUUCGCCGCUUUUGGAAUUGCUGCUGGGUCUUUUGUUUGUCUUUUGGAAUACCCCCGGAGUAAAAGGAAUAAGGGCACCAGUAUGGCAAGAACGGGACAGUACUGUUUCACAGUCUGUGUGAAAGCCUUUGGCCCCCUGACACGGAACUAUUAUGUCAGAGCAUUUCUCCAUGCUGCACUCGCUGUUCCUGGUGGCUUCAUGCUGGCCACUGUCUUGGGGUGUGUCUGUCUGGGAAUAGCAAGCCUCAUUUACCUAUCAGCAGCUAUCCAUGGGGAGCACUGGGAGCCGAUCCUGCCCAGGACUGAGUCGCGUGCACCAAUGGGAGACAGUGUAAAGAAACCCCCUCAGAACCCUCCACCCCGGCCACCUAUGGAGCUCCGCAGGAAAAGGAUGGAAGACCUGGAGGGUGCUGCGUAUGUGAACCCUAUAGCUGUCACUGCUAAUGAAUUCUAACCACUGUUGCCACCUGUCGCCAAAGAGCUGCUAGGUUUGAUUCAAACUAACAGCAUUUAUAAGGAGAUACAGAUGGACAUAAACAACUGUAGAGGGAUUGAACUGUGCCUUACAUCAACAACAUCCAACUCAAGGCUUCUGGCGGAGAGAAGUGAAAAGGUUGAUGGCAUUUUCAAAAGAAUCUUAUUGGCAUUCUGAGGAUAUGCAAUGCAUAUUUUCAAGUCUGGUUUAUUGUUCACAUAGCAAAUAAUAACACUUUCUAUAUAUUUUUUAAACUUACUAUGUGCAUUUACAACUCAUUUUAGAUACAUAUUUGUUGUACACUCCAUAAGAUUACAUUUUAUUUGCUACCCAAUGCUUCACAUGAAUUACAGUUUAAAUGGAGGUGGCAGUGGUAGCCAUAUGUUUUCCUCGUAUUUAGAAUGAAUAUGUAGUUUACUUGUGCUUUGCCACAAUACCAGCUUUACUUGAUGACAUCACAGAUAGCAGUUGGACUGUAGGUUGUGGGAUCCAGCUGUCUGAUAACAAGGGUCAUGGAACAUAUGCUCCAAGGAGCUUAAAAGAUAAUUUAUUUGAAUGGUCUAAUGUUACUGUUUUAGGUAUUCCAUUUGUACUGUAUGCUCAUUCUGUUUUGAUGGUGAAGAAAACAAGUUUGUUAUAUGCUAAUGGUAUUUGAGAAUAAAUCACCAUCAGGUCCUAGUCUGAAAUUAAAAUGUGUGUUUUAGUUGCCCCUUGA